CAACGUCAUCCCAACCUCAAGCUCUCGCAGCCUUCUCUCCCACUCUUUCCCUCUUCAAACCCAGCCUCGCGCCGUCUUCACAGUGCCAUCCCAUCGCCCCGUCCAUCCCAUCACGCUCGUACAGUUGCAACGUCGAGAGCUACGCCACGCCUCUUUCCGGUCUACAACACUACGCCCCCGCCCCAUUGACCUAGCUUCUUGCGCCUAGCCCGAGUCCUCCCCACCCCGCGCUCCCUUCCGAUAACCUCACCUACGGCCUUGUUCGCGUGAAAAGGAGCGCCGCAUCUACCCUCCUCAUUUCUUCCCGCAUAGAGCACCGCUUGGUCCGGAGCGCUACACCGCACAGCAGCCCCCACAAUGUCCGGAGAAGCCUGGUUAUAUCUGUUGGCGGUGUUGAUAAACGCCGUCAACCUGUUCCUGCAGGUCUUCUUCACCAUCAUGUACAGUGAUUUGGAAUGCGACUACAUCAACCCCAUUGACCUGUGCAACCGUCUUAACACCUACAUUGUCCCCGAAGCCGCCGUUCACGCCUUCUUGACCUUCCUCUUCCUCAUCAACGGAUACUGGAUUGCGCUCAUCCUCAAUCUGCCGCUCCUCGCCUGGAAUGGAAAGAAGAUCUUUGAGAACCAACAUCUUCUGGAUGCCACCGAGAUCUUCAGGAAGCUGAAUGUGCACAAGAAGGAAUCCUUCAUCAAGCUCGGCUUCCACCUGAUCAUGUUCUUCUUCUACCUCUACAGCAUGAUUGUCGCCCUCAUCCGCGACGAGUCGCACUAGAGGAGCGGCCUGUAGCGUGCAGUGGGACAUGUAGCUUGGCAUCUAUCACAAUACAACCAGGGGGCUUCGAUUCGCUUGGGUGCACGGCGUAGAAGAUACCGUUAGAGCCGCAGGGAGCGGUUCUUGCGGAGGCGAGGGGAUGGUGGACCAGGGAGGUGUGGCUUGUAAGAAGAGACAAGAAGGGAAAAGAAGGGGAUGAAUUGAGUGGUGGACGGAUCCGACGGAGAUGGGUGGCAUUUCGAGAAACGUAGGGCCUUCAGGUCUUAUGGGCAAUGAACCAAUGUUAAUUGUAUAUGAGUUGGGGAACGGGAUAAUGCUGGUCUGGACUAUCUGGCUCCCUUGGAGAGGCAUAUGCUUGUCACUAGACCUUAAUCUUGUAUCUCUUCGACCUAGAUCCAUAACAGUCCAAGUUACGCA